GGCAAGUGAAGGAGAAGCCACCAAUCCCAUUUAUUUUUCAAUCUUCUUGUGUAACUGUUUGCUCCAACUUUUCCCUCCAUCGUCAUGCAGGUCUUUCCACCUGCUCUAUUGUAUUUCUUGCAAUCAUGGUCAUUUGGACUUACUUUCUUGCUUCCUAUCUUCAGUUUUACUCUGCAAGUUAUUCUCAUUCCUAUGGGGUUGCGUAGAAAGUACAGCUCCAACAAUGCCCUCCGCUUGCUUCUGUUGCUUUUUUAUUUGUCCGCAGACUGGGCCGCCACCACUUCGCUCGGCACCCUCGUUAAGUUCUAUGGCAGCUACGAAGAUGCCUUCUUCGGACGACUCUUCAUCUUGGCGCCAUUUAUGCUGCUCCACCUCGGUGGCUCGGACACCAUUACCGCCUACUCCAUGGAAGACAACGAUCUCUGGUACAGGUCCUUUUUUGGUUUCUUUGUUCAAGUUGGGAUCGCGUUUUACAUCCUUCUACUAGCUUUGCAACCCCAACAUCUGGAUUUUUUGGGGAUUCCUAUAUUUGUGGCUGGGAUCAUCAAAUAUGGCGAGAGGAUUUGGGUUUUCAGAUCUACUUCUACCCAGCGCCUGCCAGACCUAUUGCUUUCAACUACUCGUUUCAGUCCUAUACAAAUCAACGCUGCAAAGUCUAAGCAUUUGCAUCUUGAAUUUCCCAUACAAAUCAACGUCGAUCAUGAAGCCACACAAAACCCUCAUUUCAGUCACCUUCACUUGCUGCAUAUUGCUUAUUAUUUCUUCAAAACAAACAAAUUCCUGUUUGUAGAUUUGACUCUGACCUCCUAUGAUCUUCAACAAAGCCUUCACUACUUUAUGCAAUUUGACUCUAGAGAAGCUUUCAAAGUCAUUGAGCUUGAGCUUGGAUUUAUGUAUGAUUUCUUCUACACAAAAGCCUCAAUCAUCCAUUCUCGUUGGGGUCCUAUUCUUCGUCUUACUACCUUAUUUUCCAUUGUUGUUGUCAUUGUCACCUUUCAUAUAGACCACUUCGAUCCUGGAUUUAAUAAUCCAUUGACCAAUAUUUUGACAUUAAUCCUGCUCUAUGGAGCUUUGAGUCUUGAGAUCUCUUCGUUUAUUUUGUUUCUAUGCUCAGACUGGAAUGUAAUCCGGUUGACCAAGAGCUCUUACUCUCUCGCUCAUUUGACAUUUAAAGCUAUCUCUCGUUGCGGAUGGUCUGUCAAAAAAUAUAGGUGGUCAAAUUCUGUUCGACAGUACAAUUUAAUAUCUUGUUGCUUGAAAGAGACCAAAUAUGGGAGAUACUGCAAGUACUUUAGAACUUCUUACAUCUCCAAAAUCAUGACAGCUUCACGAAACAUCUCUGAUGAACUCAAAACACGGAUCUUUCAACAACUAACGCAAAAGUUGGAAGUUAAUGAAGAGAACAGAAAGCUACCUGGUUGGAUUCUAAGAAAGCACAACUGUUAUAACCAACUUGGCUGGAGUCUGGAAUUAGAUUCCGACCAGAGCAUCCUCCUCUGGCACAUUGCUACCAAUAUCUGCUAUCAUCGUGAUAAAGAAACUGAGGCAUCAAAUUGUUCUCUUCUUGAGGAUGGCACAUUGCUGUCUGAUUUUUUGACCUACCUUUUAGUGUAUCAUCAUUCGUUAUUUCUCGAUGGGAUGAGUGAAAUAAGAUUUUGUGAAACUGUUGACAGUGCAAUUGAAUUUAUGCAGCAGAGAAAAUCCAUAGAAACAACUAGUGAUGCUUGUAAGAGUAUGUUGGAUUUGGAGACGAGUACGGUGUACAAAGAUGCUGGCAACUCAGUCUUCUUUGGUGGGUGUCGGUUGGCGCGAGAGCUUCAAGGGCUAGAAGGGUGUGAGAGAUGGGAAAUAAUCAACCAUGUGUGGGUAGAGAUGCUUGCUAAUAUUUCAUGUGAAUGCAGAUGGUAUGAGCAUGCUAAGAAGCUCAGACAUGGCGGUAAUUUGCUCACUCAUGUUUGGCUUUUGAUGCACCAUCUUGGAUAUAUCAAACCAGCCAACCUCUCCACUAUGCAAGAUCAACAAGAUGAGAUCCUAGAUCAUGUGGUGGACCAACCGGACAACCUCCACACCCCGCAGGAUACACCAUUGGAAUGAUGAAAUAGUUGAUUAUGUGGUGGAUCAUAUGUCAGAUUGUAUGUCCAAAUCCAAAUUCCAAGUAAUAUUUGA